AGGAGAUGUCAUCAAGGGGCACUACUCUCAAACCGAGUUUGCACAGCAGAAGCGUGUGUAACUGCAGUGCUAGAAUUCUUGCAAGGACUAACGAUAAACAACGCAAGAUGACUACAAUACGCCCUUUUACAUGUGAUGAUCUUUUCAAGAUAAACAACGUAAACUUGGACCCAUUGACUGAAACAUAUGGUUUAACCUUCUACAUGCAAUAUCUGGCACACUGGCCCGAAUAUUUCUUAGUGGCAGAGUCACCUACUGGCGAAAUAGUUGGAUACAUUAUGGGAAAGGCAGAAGGUAGCAAUGAGAACUGGCAUGGCCAUGUGACUGCAUUAAGUGUUGCUAAUGAAUAUCGUCGCCUGGGCUUAGCAGCGACUCUCAUGAAACAAUUAGAAGACAUUUCAGAGAAAAAACAUUGCUUUUUUGUGGAUCUCUUUGUACGUGUGUCCAACCAAGUGGCAGUGACAAUGUAUGAGAAACUGGGCUACAGUGUAUAUCGACGGGUGCUGGAAUACUACUCAGGAGAUGUCGAUGAGGAUGCUUUUGACAUGCGCAAAGCUCUGUCACGUGACAAGGAGAAGAAAUCUGUCAUCCCGCUUUCUCAUCCAGUGAGACCGGACGAGCUGGAAUGACUAGGGCUCACGGCGGUGACCUCGUCUUGCGACCAAGCUGUGCUUAACCUUUUGGCUGCCUUGACCUUUGUUCUGGUCGUCACGACCUGUGGUCUUGUCGCCAUGGUAGCUUGGGAGCAGAUGGAGUCACCCUGGGGAUUCUUUGAAGACGUUUUGCAACGGUGGCUCAAAGACACAGUUCAACCCAAGGAUUUGUAAAAGGAUUUUAAGGCCACUGAAAAAGAAAACUAGUUAAAAAUCGUGAAUGUUCGUGUUGGACUGCUGUGAAUAAUAUGUCCACUUACUUGCCUUGAUGAGUAACACGUUUGUGAUGUAGCCAAACUUCGUGUCAGUGGCCUCAGGGAGAAAAGAAAAUGGAGUGGAGCGGUUAGUUUAAAAUAUGUUUUGUGUCCAAAGGUGGCAUUCAUGGCGUUAUAGCAACUAGAACAGCAACUACCUCAGCUGUAGACGAGCACUUAGACCAGCGGAGAGGAAACUGCUGCUGACCAUGGGCCAUAAAUAUUUCAACUCCACCUGUACCGCCGUUAUUCUUGUCCGCCUUUGUCGUGUAAGCCGAAACGUACAGGAAAGGAAAAAGCCACAGAUGGUGGCUGAUUUGGACGCGGGGUGUGAACGCAGCCGGGGGAGGGAAGAACUGCAGGAGCGGCUGAAAGAUUCUGAGGAAAGGGACUACAGGCGUCAGCACUGAGCGACGUCAAAGAGUUAGGGUUGUUGUUACAAGGCUACGGUUCACACCUGAGAGGGUGCUAAAAGCCCUACACCACUGACACCAGCCAAUAACCAUUUCCGUGUUUGAUCCCUGAAGUGCCAACAGAGGCUGUAAAUAAAUGUCUUGUCCAG